CCAACUCGAGAUCGCUAAACCCUAGAUCUCUCCUGAAUUGGCUUCUCCGCUUCGAAUUAGGGUUUAUCUCCCACUUUCUCUCGAUCAGUUUCGCUGUUUCCGCUUGAAAAUCCCUAAUCUUUCGGUUUGUUGUCAUUGCAGCUCACCCUCAGGCCUCUAAUGGCGCGAUCGAGCUCUGCAAGGCUGGCUUUGUUCGUCGUGCGGAGGUCUCUUCACACUCCGGAGCCGGGAAUUCGCCCUUCAUUUCGAUUUCUCGCUGAUCGGAGAUUUCGCACAACGAGAUGGAUCGAUGGGAUUUCUUGUGGAGCGUUCAGUGGGUGGUGGUGCCCGAACAGGGCGUUCCAUGGUACGCGAGCAGUGGCUGCAAGGAGCUACUAUGAUGUACUUGGCGUGAGCAAGAAUGCGGAAGCAUCUGAGAUCAAGAAAGCUUAUUAUGUGCUUGCAAAGAAGCUCCAUCCAGACACCAAUAAAGACGAUCCUGAUGCAGAAAAAAAAUUUCAAGAAGUCCAGCGUGCCUAUGAGGUUCUAAAGGAUGAGGAGAAACGUGCACUUUAUGAACAGGUUGGUCAUGAUGCCUUUGAGCAGGCUGCUUCAGGUGGCGGAGGUGAUCCAUUUGAUGACUUCUUUAAUGGUGGCAGUGGAGUGAAUGAUUUCUUCAAAAACAUCUUCAAUCAGAACGAAGGGGGUCAGGAUGUUGAGAUUUCUCUUGAAUUAUCAUUCAUGGAAGCUGUGCAAGGGUGCAAAAAGACCCUAACAUUUCAAGCUUCUGUACUCUGCGGCACUUGCAAUGGUAGUGGUGUUCCUCCUGGGACCAUCCCUCAAACAUGUAAAGCUUGCAGGGGCUCUGGAAUGACAUUUGUACAACAUGGCCCAUUAAGGAUGCAGUCCACCUGUUCACGUUGCGGUGGAUCUGGUAAAAUUGUGACAAAUUUUUGCAAAUCAUGCAAAGGAGAGCAACUUGUUAUGCGAGCAAAAUCAGUGAAGAUAGAUGUGAUGUCUGGAGUGGAUAAUGGUGAAACCAUCAAGGUAUAUGGUCAAGGGGGAGCAGAUCCUGAUGGUGAGCGCCCUGGUCAUCUCUUUGUGAAUAUCAAGGUUCGACCAGACCCUGUAUUCCGCAGAGAAGGCAAAGACAUUCAUGUAGAUGUUGUUUUGCACCUGUCUCAGGCAAUCUUAGGAGGGAACAUUAAUGUCCCAACUUUAACCGGCGAUGUGAUCCUCAAGGUUAAGCAAGGCACACAACCUGGUCAAAAGGUUGUUUUGAAGGGAAAAGGUAUAAGGACGCGAAAUUCUUCCCUCUAUGGAAACCAAUACGUACAUUUCAAUGUCAGCAUCCCCACGAGCCCGACGGAACGACAACGGAUGUUACUGGAGGAGUUUGAGAAGGAAGAACAAGGAGAUUGUGAUCGGACCAUUGCAGUUGCAUCAGGAUGAGUAUCUGUAUGUGCUGCUUCAUAUUGAUUCCUUUCCAUAUGAUAUAUAGGUGAAGUAAUGCAGAUUCAUUGGCAAAUUAAAUUGCUACAAAUUGUUAUACAAGUGGCAUCUACCUAUAGCUGCUGAUUCUUUUGCUUCUGCCUUUAGAGGCCACUGGUUUUUUCUGAUGCUAUAGAUAUAAUAUUAUUCAUAAUCUAACGCCACCUCUAACUAAGGUGGAUAUAUAUCUUUGUAGAUACAGAAGUUGUGUUUUGAUUAUUGGAAAACACUAAGCAAUUUAUUAGAGAAAUGUAUCAAGCAUAAGAGGAACAUAAGUUAUGAUUCUAGUUUCAAA